UCCAUUCCAUUAGCAUUAGAUCACUCACACACACACACACCAAAAUUUUAGGUCCCAACCACUUCCACUACCCUCUAUAGCUAGUACCAAAAUUCACGUGGAAUUAGUACUACACCACCUCACUACUACUACUACUACUACCCAAAAAUGUCUCUAAUACUACAAAUACAUACUCAUCUCCAAAAAACCAUAGCCAUAAUAAAUUCAAUUAAAUCAAAGUAAAGUAAAGUAAGAACAACAGUCCUCCUCCUCCUCUACUCCUUCAAACUUUAGCAGCAAUGUUAUCAUUUACUACAUCUUAGGAUUAUACUAUAAUAAUUAUUAUUUUCACCUAAAUAUGCAAGAAACAUUAUUAACUACUAUUUCAGAGUUACAACACCAUAACACAAAUGCAAAGAAAAACGAAGAAAUGGAAGUAGUAAUAGUAUCAUCAUCAUCACCAUGUCGUCGACCACCGCGAACACGGCGCGUGUCACCAACGCCAGUAGAAAAACACCUCCCAAACGGCGACGUAUACAGCGGAAGUUUAUCAGGAAACACACCACACGGCAAAGGUAAAUACGUAUGGAAAGAUGGAUGCAUGUAUGAAGGAGAAUGGAAGAAAGGAAAAGCAUGGGGGAAAGGGAAAUUCUCAUGGCCAUCAGGAGCAACUUAUGAAGGUGAUUUUAUUUCAGGGGCUAUGGAAGGUUCUGGUACUUUUGUUGGUGUGGAAGGUGAUACUUAUAAAGGUGAGUGGGUUUCUGAUAGGAAACAUGGGUUUGGUGAGAAAUGUUAUGCUAAUGGUGAUGUGUAUGAGGGAUGGUGGAGGUGCAAUUUGCAAGAUGGGGAAGGGAGGUAUAUGUGGAGGAAUGGUAAUGAGUAUGUUGGUGAGUGGAAAUGUGGUGCUAUAUGUGGUAAUGGUGUUUUGAUUUGGAAGAAUGGGAAUCGUUAUGUCGGUUGUUGGGAGAAUGGUGUUCCUAAAGGGAAAGGUGUUUUUACGUGGCGGGAUGGGAGUGUUUCGUCCGGGAAUUGGGGUAAUGAUGAGAAUAAGAGGGUUUCUGUGAGUGUGGAUGAUGGUUCUAAGAGUGUGGUUUUUCCUAGGAUUUGUAUUUGGGAGCUUGAUGGGGAAGCUGGUGAUAUUACUUGUGAUAUUGUUGAUAAUGUCGAAGCUUGUAUGUUUUAUAGAGAUGGAAGUGAAUCGGAGAAUGGUGUUGUAGGGUAUGGACAUUCACAGAAGAGUCCUUGUUAUUAUUCGAUUGAUGGAGAUGUUAAGAAACCGGGUUAUACUGUUUGUAAGGGACAUAAGAACUAUGAUUUGAUUCUUAAUCUUCAAUUGGGUAUUAGAUAUUGUGUUGGGAAGCAUGCUUCGGUGCCUCGAGAGCUUAGGUCGGGAGAUUUUGAUCCAAAGGAGAAAUUCUGGACAAGGUUUCCUCCAGAAGGUUCUAAGUUUACGCCUCCGCAUCAAUCGGUGGAUUUUAGAUGGAAAGACUACUGCCCUGUGGUGUUCAGGCAUCUGAGGGAAUUAUUUGCUAUCGAUCCUGCGGAUUACAUGCUUGCUAUUUGUGGCAAUGAUACAUUGAGGGAAAUGUCUUCUCCUGGAAAAAGUGGAAGCUUCUUUUACCUUACUCAAGAUGACCGAUUUGUUAUCAAAACCUUGAAGAAGUCUGAAGUCAAGGUGCUCAUCAGGAUGCUUCCUAGUUACUAUCAACAUGUUUCUCAGUACAAGAACUCGUUGGUUACGAAAUUCCUAGGAGUUCAUUGUGUCAAACCUAUUGGAGGACAAAAGACUCGAUUUAUUGUAAUGGGCAAUGUGUUUUGUUCGGAGUAUCGAAUUCAUAAGCGAUUUGACCUCAAAGGUUCAUCUCAUGGUCGGACAACCGAUAAACUCCGUAAGGAGAUUGAUGAGACUACUACUCUUAAAGACCUUGACCUUAGUUUUGCCUUUCGCCUGGAGCAGUCUUGGUUUCAAGAGCUAAAAUGGCAACUUGAUAGAGACUGUGAGUUCCUGGAAGCAGAGGGAAUAAUGGACUACAGUUUUCUCAUUGGCCUUCAUUUUCGUGAUGAUUACUCAUCGGAUGAAAUGAAAAGUUCGCCUAAUGAAUUGAUUUCAGGCAAGAGAGACAUGCAAAAUGAUGACACACAGGACAUGAGAUGGAUACCCAUAGGCCGGGGACCUCUAAUCCGGCUGGGAAUUAACAUGCCAGCAAGAGCGGAGAGAGUUUGUAAAGCUGGAUUGGAUCAGCAGCAAACUGGAAGUAGCAAAUCUACCCCUUCAGAGAGUAGUGGUGAGAUCUCUGAUGUAAUCCUUUAUUUUGGCAUCAUUGACAUUCUCCAAGAUUAUGAUAUUAGCAAAAAGCUAGAGCAUGCAUACAAGUCACUACAAGUGGACCCCACAUCCAUCUCAGCCGUUGAUCCCAAGCUAUAUUCCAAAAGGUUUAGGGAUUUCAUACACAGAAUCUUUGUGGAGGACAAAUAACAUGGUUGGAGAGAGAGGCAAUAUGAGAAUUGAGCCUGGACCAACUUUGGCAUGGGGACACCUUAACUAGCAUCAGAAUUUAUGAGCUGGUGUUGCAGACAUUGUUGAUUUAAAAAAGCUCAAACAAAAAAUGUUGCUGUUAACAUUUAAUUCCAAGUUUGGAAAGGAAAGGAAGCCUUGCUUAUUAUUAUUGGUGGCUAAAUUUUUCUCAUAGCCUUUGGAAAUGGAAUGAGGUGGGGGACAUGGCAAGGAUGUUUUGUUUUAUGUUAGAGGGAGAGAUUGUCAACAAUAGUUGUUGUACUUGUACAUGCUAUGCAUCAUAUGGCAUGUGAUAAGAUAUUUUUUUAUUACUUUUUGUAAUGGUUUUGGAGAAGGGUAUAGGGAAUAGAAAAAUGUGAAUGCAUGUGGAGUGGGAGGGAUUCAAAUUUGACCAUGGUGGUGGGGGCAAAUAACUGUACAUACAGUCAAAGAUGGAUAAUGAAAUUGAAUUGAAUGAAAUCAUGAAUGAAUGAAUUUUACAUCUUUGGUUGCAUUGAAUUGGAGAGAGAUCAAAAAGAGAUGAUUUGCCUGGUGAGCAAGAAAGAAAAGUUCCUACAGAGGACCCCUCAUUCUGUCAGUUUCUAGCUUUCUCUGUUGUGUGCAUUCAAAUGGGUGUUCUCACUUUUGCAGUGAGUAAAGCAUCGAGCAUAAAAAGAAGAGAAAAGCACAAGAAAGAAAGAGUUGGGUGUUUCUUUGGUUCAUGUUCUUUCUUUGUCAUUCAAUAAACCAAGUUUGAAAAAGCAUAAUGACAAUAAUACAAGAGUAUGUACUUUUUGCUACUUUUGAACAAUACCAAGAAACAAUCAACGCGACAAAGCAAUAAAUUUGGUCACGUAAUA